AUGCAUCCGUCGCCUACGACGGAUGCAUUGUCGCCUGCGACGGAUGCAUUAUCGCCUGCGACGGAUGCAUUUUCGCAUGCGACAGAUGUCUUAUUUGCUUCUUUAAAGAAGUGCCUUUCAAGUUUGGACAUAUUUGAACAACCUAUAUACUCAAGGAUAUUACUCUUUACAGCCUCCAGAAGCAACACCAACACUAUCCAAGAGGUAUCCACUGCCCUCAUGAAAUGCAAUGUGUUUAACAAGAUUGAUGAGUCUGAGGAGGAGAAGAUGAACUACUGUGGGGAAGACUUUGAAGAAAUGGGAGGCUACAUUUAUGAUGAAUUAUUUGAAGUGGAUUGUAGAAAGAGAAAGAAUGAAGAUGACAGUACUCCCAAACCGGUGCCCAAUAGGAAAAGACCACUUAAAAUCACACUAGCCAAGAGGACUGAGAAGUCAUUUAGUGAUGAAUCUAACCAAGACACCUCUCGGUCUACUACUCAUGAAUCUAGCCAUGUCCCUUCAGCAACGACUCCUCAAAAUAACGAAGACAAUUCUCCAACUAGCCAAGACAAUCGGGUGACUCAAGCCCAGCAUGAUGUCAAGUUUGAUGAGUUGAGAAAUGAUAUAAAGGAGCUGACAAGGGAUGUGAAUGAACUUAAAACUGAAAUAAAGGUCAUCAAAGAGGAUCAACGUGUUAUGUUCAAUCACAUAAUCAAAUUAUUGGGUGAAAUAAAACAACAGAAGAAUGUUGAUUCAGAUUUAGUGGAGAAGGAGUUGGAGUUCAACAAAGAUGUUGUUGUUGAUGGGUUGAAUGAUGAUGGGUUGGAGUUCAACAAAGAUGUUGCUACGGAUGGGUUCAAUGAUGAUGGGUUGGAAAUAAAUAAAGAUGUUGUUGCUGAUGGGUUGAAUGAUGAUGGGUUGGAAAUAAACAAAGAUGUUGUUAUUGUUGAUGUUGGGUCGGAGAUGAACAAAGAUGCUGAUGAUGAUAUGAACAAAGAUGUUGAUGAUGAUGUUGAUGAUGGGUUGAAGAAGAAAAAAGAUGUUGUUGAUGUUGAUGCUGGGAUGGAGAUGAACAAAGAUGUUGAUGAUGGGUUGGAUAAGAAAGAAGAUAUUGCUUCUGUUGAUAUUGUUGUUGAGAAUGAAAACAAAGAUAAUGAGGCUGAGUUGAAGAUGGACGGCAAUGAAGAUUUGUCCACGAAGAAGAAGGAGUUCGCCACGAAAAAGAAGGAGUUGGGCACGAAGAGGAAGGUGGAGUUGGCCAAGAAGAUGUUGGAGGAGUUGUCCAAGACGAGGAAGGUGGAGUUGGAGAAGAAGAAAGAUGAUGAUGUAUUAGAAAUGACUCCAACAAAAUUUGAGGGAUAG